UUUGCCAAACCUGCUCUAUAAAAUCCACCACAAACCUCACCUCACAACCCCAUCUCACGGUUCCAAUCUGUCUUCUAACUUCUCCAAAUUUUGGCCAUCUCCUUCAUCUUAACCCAAGUUUUCAUGGCUACACAAAGAGAGCACCCCCAUCCCGGGCCCAUAAAACGUUCUGUAUUGGUAAUGAAACCUGGAGAACAUCGUGCUGAUAAUGUGUGGAAAACUGAAGAGUCGAGAGACCUAAAAUUGAGGUGCAUUACUUACCCCAAAUCCGCCAAAGACGAUGGCGAACGUGAUCCUAGAGUCGUACAACUGCUGAGGACAUCAGGCUUUCAAGGAGCUGAACGAGUAGUACAAAUCAAAAUUGAUCACGGUCUUAUCACUGCAUUGGUUGAGAGGUGGAGACCAGAAACACAUUCUUUCCAUUUACCUUUUGGCGAGGUCGGCAUUACCUUGCAAGAUGUACAGGUGCUGCUGGGGUUACCGAUUGAUGGUCUCCCACUUACUGGUCCGACGGCACAUAGUAAGACUGAAUGGGUCCAAAUGUGUGAUGAUUAUCUUGGUUUCAGACCAUUUGAAAAAGAUAUAAUAUCAUCCAACAGCAUUAGAAAUCUAGCCAUUCAGCGCUUUUUGUUGUCACCGUGGAGCACUGACAUUGAAGUUAUUCAACAUACUAAAACGUUGAUUUGGCAGUUGCUCAGUGGGUUGUUGUUCCCUAGCACUUCCGGUAGAGCGUCACUUUACUUUCUUGAGUUGUUGCAUGACAAUGUAGAGAAUUUGACUAGGUGGAGUUGGGGCUCAGCUGUGUUGGCAUUUCUGUACCACAACUUAUGUGAAGCGGCGAAGGCGGACACAUCUUCGAUUGGAGGAUGUUUAAUCCUUUUACAACUUUGGGCAUGGGAGAGGUUGCUAGUGGUUCGACCCCAACGGGUUCUUCCACUGCAUGCAAUAUUUGAUUUGCCCUAUGGUGCUAGGUGGGCUUGUGCACAUAACUGGGCCGACUCUAGCAGAUUCACUCUUCGCAUUUAUAGGGACCAAUUUGACCGAUUAAGCGAGUCGGAGUUUGAAUGGACACCUUACCCGCUUACUAGUCUUCUAGCUUUUUGCACUCAUGCAUUUGAUCUGUGGGCAACUAAAGCUCCACUUAUUUAUUGUUCAUAUUUUGAGGCAUACUAUCCUGGUAGAUUUUGUCGUCAAUUCGGUGCAGUCCAGGAUAUACCUAGGAGCGUGACUCAUAACGACCGUCACCAUGCUACUAGACCAGAGAACAAUGCUGAGUUUAUUACUGAAUGGGAGCAGUUUAUUACAGAAUGGGAACAACCCAUAUACGUGGGUCGUGUAUAUGAUACAUUCGAAGAGUUGAAGCAAGAUGUGUCCCUUGUAAACCUCAAAGAAUUUCGAACUUUUCGUAAUGAGGCGAAACGCAUAGAUUAUUGGCGAGCAAAGUGUGUUCAUCAUGAAACUUGUGCGUGGUUUAUUCAAGCAUCACUAAUCAAACACACCACACAGUGGAAAGUCAAACAGUAUCAACCGAAACACAAUUGCAUUCCCAACUACACACAAGGUAAGAAUGAUAAACUGCUCACGAGUAAGUUAAUUGCCUCUGAAAUAAGCUCCAAGAUUUUUGUUAAGCCCGAUUAUAGUGUAAAGCUAAUCAUGCAUGACAUACAACGGAAGUUCAACAUCCACGUGGGUUACAAGAAAGCAUGGUAUGCUCGAAUCUUGGCAUUGGAGAAACGGUUUGGCAAUUGGGAGGCAGCGUACAACGAUCUCCCAAAACUUCUACAAGGUAUGGCAUUUAGUAAUCCAGGCACCAUUGUUGACCUACGAACAGACCAAACUGAUACACAAGGUACGUAUGAAUUUAAGUACGCUUUUUGGUCAAUCAAGGCAGCGAUUGAUGGUUUCAAUCAUUGUCUUCCGGUCAUUUCCAUUGAUGGUACACAUUUGUACGGUAAGUACAAAGGCACUUUGUUGGUCGCGGUGGCAAUGAAUGCUAACCGUGAAAUCUUUCCUCUAGCUUUUGGGGUGGUAGAUAGCGAAAACGGGGAUAGUUGGACGUGGUUUUUACAGUUAGUUGCGACAAAUAUUAUUCCUCCGCGUCGGAAUGUUUGCAUAAUAUCUGACCGACAUGUCGCGAUUGAUUGUGCGUUCCGGAAUGUGCCACAAUUGGGAACACCUCUAAUUCAGAGGCGAUAUUGUCUUCGACACAUUCGAAGUAAUUUUAUGUCCCAAUUUCGAAGCAAGAAUCUCAAAAAAUUGUGUUGGCGUGCCGGAAGUACUCCCAUUCUAAAUGAAUUUACUAACUACAUGCAACAAAUACGGGGUGCUAAUGAAAGAGCAUUCAACUAUCUUGAUGCCAUUCCUAAAGAGAAGUGGGCACUUUGUUUUGAUGGUGGAUGUCGUUAUGGAAUUUUAACGACCAAUCUAUCUGAAAGUUUUAACCAUGCCCUAAAAGGAUGUAGAACGCUUCCGAUUACAGCACUUGUGAGAGCAACUUUCGAUAAAUCUGUUCAGCUCUUUGUAGAACGACGUAAUGCUGGUAUGAUGUGGAAUCAAAGUGGAUAUCAAUUUCUGGAAAAAAUCCGGAAGCAGAUUAUGGAUGGAUGGCAACAAAGGCGUCACACUGUUGUAAUCCCGCACAAUUAUCACAGUGGAGUUUUCUCAGUAGCCAUAGAAAAUGCAACUCCGGUUACGGUAGAUUUUUCAAGGAGCGACUGUGAUUGUGGCUGCUGGAGGAUGAACUAGAUGCCAUGCAGCUACGUGCAUGCUGUGUGUCACUUCCUCGACCGCCCUGUCAAUCAACUUAUUCCGGAAGUCUAUAAACUGACCUCUUACAUUAAUGCACAUGCUGGUGAUAUUAUGCCUUUACCAAAUAUGAAUGAGUGGCCUGAUAUUGGGAUCCAUCUUUUACCGCCAAAAUAUUUAUCACGAACUUCUCGAGUGGGGCGUCGUCAAGAAACGAGGUUUCAAAAUGAGAUGGAUAUGCGUCCAAGCAGAAGAAGAGGACAACAAUGAUUUCAUGUAUUUUUAAUAUUUCAGCGUUUUUAAUAAUUUCUUAUGAAGGAAUUGUACUUUUUAAGUUUUUAAUAACAAGUUGUUUCUUAUCAUUUCAAUAAAUAUUUCAAUUCAGAAUAUAUAAAUUUUCAUUUCAG